CAUCGAUUGAUCUCGCAUCUUCACUCUGCCUCACGUUUUUCAGUGAGUUCCUCUUCGUACGCAUUACUGCGAGCGCGGACGGCCACUUGAUUGUCUGGCGAUGGCGGCCGUACCUGUCCAAAUGUGUAGAGCACUGGCGCUGGCGGUGACGGUGGUGGUUCUGGCCUUGUCGGUGCUUCCGGAAGCUUCUGGCUAUGGCGUCAAAGAGUUUCUGGCGGACUACAAGAAUCCCAAAGUGUCACGCAUCGAGGUUAAAGGAGACGUCUAUCUGACUUCGAACCUGCCGGAGCUGAGUCGCAACGUCACCAUCGUCGGCGUGGGAAAAAAGCGUCCCGUGAUCGACGGCCAAAACAAGUACAGCGGCAUUGUUACCGACUACGUGCUGUCGGUCAGGAACCUGGAGUUCAGGAACCUGGUCACGACGAGGUUCCGCGGCGGCGCUGCUAUUCUCUCCUUCGGCGACAACAACAAGUUCGAGAACUGUGUGUUCCGCAACAACAGGGCGUUUGGCUCGGGUGACAGCGGGGAUGGAGGCGCCAUUAAUUUCUACUCCAACACGUGGAGAAUCACCAACUGCCAGUUCAUAGCUAACCGGGCAUCGCAAACCGGAGGUGCUCUCUACGCUUUGGGCGAGAGCAGCGGCAAGCUGACUGGCAGCACGUUCACCAACAACUAUGCCAAGGACAGAGGCGGAGCCGUGGCAUUGAUUGGUUCGUUUGCAACCAUCGACAAGUGUGCGUUCCAAGGCAACCAGGCGGACGGAGAUGUCGGCGGAGCGGUGUCGUGUUCGAGGUCCGGCUGCUACAUUUCCAGGAACAGCUUCCGCAACAAUGUGGUGAAUGGAACGGGCGGCGCCCUGCGUUUCUACUCCGACGACGAGGGAGGAUACGGUGUUCUCUGCAAAGGAAACACCUUCUCAGGCAACAGAGCGGCAGACAGCUCCACGAACAACUUGCACAUAGUUGUACAGGACACUGUGAAGUCUUGGAGCUUUUGCGCCAAGGCGCCAUCUGGGACCAAGGUCGAUGCGCCGAGCAGCGCAAUCGAGUAUGGCAACUGCCGCCGCUGCCCCAAAUGAGACUCUGAGGCUCCCAGAUUGCGCGCCUACGAGAUAAUGCUGACCCUACUGGUCGGCAUUAUCAAUGGCAUUUAUUUCGCGCUAUCAUGUUCUCCUUUAUGCAGUGCAAAUUAUUUUUUUUCGAUUCUUCACAACUUGUGUAGUUCUCGGAUCGACGGUCGGGUGGGAGAGGAUAGGCAGCUGGGUUUCUAGUGAGUCUGGUGCGGCCGUGGAAGUGCUGGUGGUUAGUUUCUGGGCAUGGCGGCUCUUAUUACUAUUAGAUGAAAGGUCAAGUUAUGUCUUCCUAUCUGAUCGGUCGGAUUCCAUCUUAGGUGCGUCCUUGACGCUGCCAGGUGCUUCUGUGCAAGGAAAACGCCUUCGCAUCCGGGCUUGGAGCGACAGGUUCGACCAUCGCUAGUUUGUUGAGGUGUUUGUAUUGUAGGUGCCUCGUCAAGGAAGUAACCAGUGAGUUGAUUCGUCGAGCCUGUAUUCAUAUUAAGAAUUUCAUAUUAGGAAUUUCCUGACCCUAAUAGGCUAGUCUGUUGGAGCUAAACUCAGUUGAACAGGUGUGAGUAGUCUUGCUGACUGUAAGAAUCGGAUGCGAUCUAGAAGAGCAAGUGCUUCGGCCGUGACUAUUGCCACGCCUGGAAUGAGCGAAAACUGGUGUCUUGUUCGUUCUGAGGUAUACCGCUUGGGCUUGGUCGUGUAUUCUUCGUCAUGAAAGAUGUGAUGUAGUGCAAGCAUUUAAGCGAAUUCCCGAGCCGAAAGGUUUUUUUUUUUUUUUUUUUUUUGCGUGGUGUUGUGUCCGUGUUUCUGUGCGUGCGCGUGUGGGGGACAUGGCUUUUCUGUGGUGUUUUCUGUUAUCUCGUAACUCCGUCUCUCCGUCUCGCUCCCCGUUCCGCACGUGGCCGCUUUGCCGUAGCGCAAGAAUGACUAUGGCAUCGGUUUGAAAACGGCGCAUGUACUGCCCGCGCCAGCGAACGUGCACGUGUAUGAGCGCAUGUGAUGUCCCUUCGCGUCCUUUCUCUCAACUUCAUUUACAAGCCCGCCUUCCCUAACUGCCAGGUGGACACCUUGUCUUCUCCGGCUUUCUCUACCCUAAUUCGGCUUUUGUGUUUGUGUGUUGCUGUGUUCAAUCAACGAGCUACUGGAGA